AUGAAGUUCAUCUAUUUUGGAUUCCUCCUUGCUGCCACCACCGCAUACGCCUGCGGAGACAACGCCUAUAGAUGCAAGAAUCCCGACAAAUCAGUAGAUGAGAUGUGGCAAGUCACCCACAAGAUUUGUAACAAUCUUCAGGAGGACGACUGUUACUGUUCUCACUGGGCCGAAUACUACUGCGACCCCUAUGGUGGCAACAUUGGAAAAUUCAAGCAGCAAUGUGAGGAUGAAGGCGAGAACUGGUACUGGAGCGAAUGUUAAGCAAUUUCUCAGUUUAGGUGUCAGUGAAGAGGACGAAGGGAUGGUAUGAGAAGUGUUCAACAGAUGGCUUUGUUAGUUCUGGACUCCACAUCUGUCAUUUGUUCUGCCUCGACACUAUCUGAGUCUUGUUUCAUCUCAGAAAUUUGGUAAAGUGUUGUUUGAGAAGGUUGUGGAACCUUAGAUUCCACUCUUUUGGUUCGCUUGCAAGUUCACAGCAUGUAUUCAGGCUCUAGGCCCUUUUUAGCUAGAACCCUAACCAAGGAAUCUUAUAUGCUGCAUACUAAAUGAAC